GAUGGCGGCAGUCGUGUUCGACUUCGCAAAAGGGAGAAACUCAUUUCUUUUCGCUUUUCGCUCAGUUAGAUGCUAUUGUAACUCUAACUGCUUCAUCACGUAUCGUAGUAUUGCGCCUCUAUCAAGGCAGUCGCAAAAUUCAAACCUUUCUAUCAGGAGACACUUUUGGUCUUCGAGACAAGACGAUUUAACCCGAGCUCUCUCGGAUGCCGAGAAAAUUGUUGGCUAUCCGACCUCAUUCCUUAAUUUACGAUACCUGUUGAACGAUGAGAUCUCUAACAUUGCCAUGUAUAUGAAGAGGUUCGCCAUGAGCAAGCACCCCAUGCUUCGAACGGCUCGAGGCUUCGUUUCGGACGACAACCAGACGACGCAAACUCGAGGACUUUUAGUGCUUCUUAUGUCUAAGGCCUCUCGGUCAUGUUUGCAAGACGAAUGGAAGAUGGAUCAGGAACUGGUCGCUGAUAUUCAUUCAAGCCAAAGACAGCUGGCCGACAUAACCGAAACUAUACACACAGCCAACCUGGUGCAUACAGGAAUUGUUGAUUUAGCAAGUAUCUCUUCAUCCAGCAAGUCUUAUCAAGAUGACAUGGAAUUUGGUAACAAGAUGGCAGUGUUAAGUGGUGACUUUCUUUUAGCCAAUGCUUGUACAGGAUUAGCAGAACUUAAAGACACUGAAGUCGUUCAAAUGAUUUCAGAGGUAAUUGGACAUUUGAUGGAAGGUGAAUUCCUGAAAAUCACAUUUAAUGCUGAUAAUUUGAACUUGGAGUUUUGGAGUGAGUUAUCAUUCAAAUGUAAAGGAAGCUUGAUGGCAAACAGCUGUAAAGCAGCUUUGAAGAUUGUUGGUCACUCAGCUGAGCUUCAGGAAACUGCAUUUGAAUUUGGCAAAAACAUUGGUUUCGCUCAUCAGUUGAAGAAAGAUCUUCAGGCCUUACAUGAAGAAAAAUCUACCACUAUCCUCCACACUGCACCUGUAAUUAUUUCCAGUAAACAAACUGAAGUGAAAACAUUGAUCAUGCAAAUAUUACUAGAAAAGAACACAGAGAAGCUGGAUCAUUUGCUUCAGGAACUGUCCUCUAUUGCAUCUCAGGGAGAAACAUUAACAAAGAUGAAAGACCUGAGUUUGGAUUAUGGAGAGAAAGCUCUUCAAUCACUUCAGCUGUUUCCAGACUCUGAUGCAAAGCAAGCAUUGAUUAACAUAGCAAAUUCAUGUACUUUACAAGGGUAAAGUAACAUGAAAUUGAAAGUAGCAUAUUUAUUUUUUUAUGGUAAGUGAGCUUACUAAGGAAAAUAUGUUUACCCUCUCUUUCAACAGAGGAAACCUGUCAAUCACUUUUGUCAAAGAAAACUGUAAGAACCAAUCAAAGUGCAUGCGUAAUUAAGCUUAUCUUAUAGAGAGAGAUCCACCCUAUUGU